UCAAGUUAAGGGAAGUCAGACGAGUCCAGUUCUCGAGGAUCGUUUCAUUAAUUUGAAAAUGUCUUUGGCUGCUGUUCAAUCAAGUCGUUCACUUCAGAAAACUCAAAUACAGCCUUUCAUAGGGAUAGACUAUUGUCAGCUAGAAACAGCAUGUCAAAUUAAUGGGCUCCAAAACAAACACAACCCCCACACCACAGACGAGGCUCAUGAUUUGUUCAUGAAUGCCUAUCCUAACAUUUUUCUCAAACCUAAAAUGAAACUGCCACGGAUCCCUAUCAUGGAAAAGAAAACAGUAUUAUCAAAAGGAAUGAGUGAUGUAACUGAAGAAGAUUCCCAUGACAUCCGCAUUCACCUGGAAAAGCUACAGAGGAGGCGAAAGGUGGUGGACCUUGCCUUUGUGUACAGAAACCAGAUCAGCUGCCUCUUAAAGAUACUCAAAAAGAUUCCUGCUGAGAGAACCCAGACUGAGCAACAAGAUGUCUACAAAGUGCUAAAAGUCUUCCCUGAUAUCGCUGCUCAGAUUUCGAAUAGGGAGAUGAAGCAAGUGAGCAAGAUUGUAACACUGGAAUCCUGGGAGAAAAGACACACAAUAUUUGGCAAUAAUGGAUUCUAUGUAAUACUGAAAGGCUCUGUCAGGCCUGUGACGCUGCCAUACAAAAAACUGCUUGGAGAACCGUAUUUGGCUGGGCCUCAUUCUCCUUUGGUCUCCUCAUGUAAUAAAGUGCUCACUGUUGGAUGUUGCUUUGGAACUCUAGAAAAAAUACCAAAUUGUGAAUUAAACAGUAAGAGGCUGGCUGUUACUGCAGAGGAGGACUGUGAGCUUCUUAAGAUCUCCAACAGGGAUUAUGCAAGAAUAAAAGCGGAAAUAGCUGCACGGGAUCCAGUACAGAAUCAAGAGUUGAUUCUGCAUUGCCCAUUCUACCAACAAUGGCCUAGACUGUCCAUAAAUAAACUAGCAACUCUGAUUGAGAUGAGAAAACUACCAGCUGGUUACGUGCUGGUGAAGGAGGGUGAAGUCAGUCCCUUUGCAGGAUACAUCAAAUCCGGCCAAAGCAACAUUUUACGAGAUAUUGGGGCAUUCGUGAAAAGGCCAUUGGGAAAAUUGGGUAUCCGGGUAAAGCAUGUAAUUAUAUGCAAGCUUGUAGAAAAUGAAUCAUUCGGGGAGGUGAGCAUUCUUCUCAACCAACCUUCCACAUGCACCAUCGUCACAGAAACAGAAGUUGAAUUAGGAGUCAUCCUUCCUUCUGCUUUACAAAGUCUUGAUUCAGUGACACAGGCUCUUAUGCUUCAAACAGCACAACCAACAUUUGAGGAGUUAACUCAGGAAGAGAUCAACAAGAAAUAUCUCAGUCAAGAAAAGCAAAAGGAUUGGGAACAUUUUAAGCAUAAAAUCAUCUGGGAGGCCCUGCAUUACAACGGAGUCAGGCCUGGCAGUGGAAAAUGGGUCCGGCCCUGGGGUAGAAGAAAAUUACAAAGAGGAGGAAAUGUCUCUCAGUCUUCAACAGCAUAAAAUCGUAGUGUGGGAAUUCUUAAAAUGGUGGGCCUGGUGUCAUUUAAUUACAACUCAGCGUCUUGAACACCAUGCAUGAUUUCCAGUUUCAAUUUAUAAGAAACUUCACUUUUCCUGAAGCUGUACCCCAGACUGAACUUGCCAGAUUAUACUUCUUGUCUGCUGUUUCCUUUGCCAUGACCUCCAAAAACAUGAUACAAGGCAAAAAAAAAUAACUCGUAAUUAUUUUCAAUUAGCUUUCCUCAAUGCCAUACUGAUGAUGCACGAGAAGGAAAUCUAAACUUAGAAUUAACCAAUUUAUCACAAUAAAGAACAAGCCUCAAAUACUUGCAUGACAUUAAGUAUAUUUAAUAAAAGACAGAACCCAUGUUUGAAUCAGAGUCGAUUAUUAAGGCUAGCCAAUUGAAGAUGAUAUUUUUUUGUAAUCCCUUUCAACAUUUCCCCAGCUCCCUUUAAUAUUUUAUUGAUUAAACCUCUUAGCAGUUUUUAAGCAUUUUUUUAUUUGAUUAUCUUCCGAAGGAAACAAGCCCUUUUUCUUUUUCCUUACACAAACUCAAUCGUCUCUGGAAGCAAAUGUGCAUUCUAGGACUUUUUUAAACUAAAAGUAUUGUCAGGAAUGUUAGCAGCAUUUUAUUGACAACCAGUGGUACUCCUUUGUAGAUCAGGCAAAUAACCCUUUGGGUUAUUACAUUAGAAAUGUUUUCUGAAUUCCCUGAAUAGGCCUAUUUUGCUCUUCUUUGUUUGUACUUUUAGGACUUUAGUAAAAGGCUUUGUCAGUAUCAACCAUCACUUAAGCCUUCAGAGGCCUUUCUAAAAUUAGUUUUUGAUUUAAUCCCAGUUCUUAAGUGGAAAGUUCUUAACGUGUUGUGAGGUGUCUCACUUACAGCUCGUUCAAAAUACUGCCACUAGAAUUCUGACUAAAACAAGGAAAAGUGAACAUAUUACCCCUGUUUUAGCCGCCUUACACUGGCUCCCUGUGCAGUAUAGAAUUGCUUUUAAAAUUUUGCUGUACACCUAUAAAGCCCUAAAUUGAUUCAUACCUAGUUAUUUGCAGGAGUUACUGACCCCAUAUCAUCCAAAUCACUGGUUAUUCCUAGGGUCAACAAAAUUAACACUGGAGGAGGAGCUUUUUCAUGCAUGGCCCCUAAAUUAUGGAAUGCCUGCCCUUCUUUCAUUAGGGAAGCUGGGACUGUAACAGUUUUUAAGUAAAAACUGAAAACAUACUUUUAUAAAAUGGCUUUCGUAUCUUAGUGGGUUUUAAUGUAACUUCUAAAUUUCUGCUUUUUAACAUCAUUUUUUUGUAUACUGUUAUUUAAAUAUGCUAUUUAAUAUGUAGCAGUUGUGUGUGUGACAUGCCUGCGGACAUUUAUACAAAUGUAUUGUGUUGUGUAAAUGUAAAUGCUUUUUGCAAUGUACUGUACAGUGCUUUGCGAUACUUUUGUAUGAAAGCACUAAUAAAGGCAACAAAUAAAUAAAUAAAACAACAACAAUAAAUCUCAGAAAGGCCCUGUCUAUGUGAAUGGGGAGGGAUGCUUUCUUCAGAAGCAGGUACUUUGUGUUAGUUGAGGUGCUCUGGGAAUUGUGGGCCUGGAAGGGUUCUAUACUUUACCUAGAUAUGCAAUUACAAAACCACUUGAUAGUUCAUUAAAUAUCUAUUACAUUUUAAUAAGCAGUCCAAUGGCAUGUUUUAUUUGUGGUAACAAUAGCUCUAAAACAUCUGAAUGAAUUACUUUCAAACUGACACGCGUCUUUGACUUACAUUUAAGGUGUGCCAAUUAGGUCGAGAGGUAGAUCGAAUAGAAAUGGCCGGCUGGCAUCCAUAUUUCAUCCCUUUCUAUUUAUAGAAAAAAGGGAAACAUAUUUCCUUCAAAUUUUAGUAACUGUUACGCUUCAUCUUCCCAUUUUUGAGAGUCGCGAUUGUCACUCCAGCCAAGUUUGAAUGAAGGAUGGAGGAAAACUACCAUGACUACCUGCACAGGACCGAACUGUAUGGGAAAUCCAGUAUUACAACAGCUAUCCCAGUUGUGUCAGCACCAUAAUUU